AACUAGUGUUACCACAAAAAUUGUAUGCCACAAAUACAAAAAUGGCGUCUGAACAAGACGAAAACGUUGUGAUAGAAAAUUCAGUGCGCCGCACACGCUCCGGCCGACCGGUGGCAGCAGCAGCUGCAACGCCAGCGCGAACAACUCGUCGCACUUCCAAGCGGCAAGCACAGUUGAGUGAUCCCGAGGAGGAAAACGAGUUACAAGUCAACAAUAUUGAAGCAGCCAUGGUGCAGGCAGAUGAGGAUGAGCAUAUGGUGCAGACGGAGGUGGUCAAUCCUGCUGUCGUUGUUGAGGGUCAGUACGAUGAAGUGGAGCAACUGCAGGAGCAUCUAGAUGACGAUGUGGAUAUGUUAGCCACCACAGAAACAACUGGCGGUGUUGAUGAAAAGAGUUCCUCAUUUCCAUUUGGUGCCGUGGCGGAACAACAUUCGGAAACCAGUGAUGAUAUCAAAGAAAGUCGAACUGAUGGUGAUGGUGUAGAUACCUCACUAUUGGCCUCAUUGGCUGGAGAUAAUGCCAACAGUUUGCCAUCUGUGGGUGGCAAUGAUGAAGCAGACAUCAAUAAAAAAUCUGACUUUGAGUCUAAUGUCGUGGAUGCACUUCAGCCACAGGACAGCAAACUCAAUUCAUCUGAGGAUUCCAGCUCGCAUCAUGCCAUUGCAGAGAGCUUGGCCGAUGACAUGGACACCAGCAAUGCAACAAUUGUGAAUACAGAAAUCAUUUCAGAGGAUGAAUUGCCUCCUCCAAGCAAACCAGAGAUCAACGAUGCCGAAGAGGUUUCCGAUGAGGAAUUACCAGCUCCACAACGUGCUGAACUGCCGGCAGAUGCUGAAGUAAUCUCCGAGGAUGAAUUGCCCACUCACAACAACAAUAACAAUGUUAGCGAUGGGAAGGUUGGUAUCAAACGUAAGGCUGGCAAGGAUGUCGAUGUAUCGCCGACUAAAGUAGACGACGAGCUGCAGAAUAGCAAUGAAACAAGCACGAAAGUGAACUCUGCCGAACAAUAUAAUCCCGGCAGUCCGACCACAGAGAGCAACGAUGCGCCGCCUUCAGAGAAGCGAGCGAGAGUUGAUGAAGCCGAUGGCGAGCAGAAAGACAAGGAAAAGGAGAAGGAGAACAAAAAGGAUAAGGAGCGUGACAAGGAAAAGGAUAAGGAUAGGGAGAAAGAUAAAGAGCGCAAAAAGCUGCCCGAUCUGGACAAAUACUGGCGUGUCGUCAAAGACGAUGCCACCGACUUCACCGGCUGGACAUAUUUACUCCAAUACGUGGACAGCGAGUCUGAUGCGGAGGCGGCACGCGAAGCUUACGACACAUUCCUGUCGCAUUAUCCCUACUGCUAUGGUUACUGGCGGAAGUACGCCGACUAUGAGAAGCGCAAGGGCAUCAAGGCCAACUGCUAUAAGGUAUUUGAGCGUGGCCUAGAAGCAAUACCUUUAUCGGUGGAUCUGUGGAUACACUACCUGAUGCACAUCAAGUCAAAUCAUGGGGACGACGAGCAGUUCAUACGCAGUCAAUAUGAACGAGCUGUCCAGGCCUGUGGUCUCGAGUUUCGUUCCGACAAACUCUGGGAUGCCUACAUACGCUGGGAGAACGAAUCCAAGCGUUAUCAGCGCGUUGUCCAGAUAUACGACCGUCUGCUCACCAUACCCACCCAAGGCUACAAUGGCCAUUUUGACAAUUUCCAGGACGUGAUAAAUCAGCAUGCAGUUACCGCCACAAUUGGUAAUGAGGAGCUUGUACGCUUGCGUAAGGAUUGGCACGACCGUCAGCAGAGCAAAUCAUCGAAGUCCUCGUCUAAAAGUCGACGUGACAGCAGCAGCUCUAAGGAAGCUAAAAGUGAUCGAGAACGUGAUCGUGAACGCGACGAAAAGCAAAAGGAUGAUGCAAAAGAAACUCACGAUACAAGUGCCGAGGAAUCGGCUAAUAUUACCGAUCUGACUGGAAAUGAAUCAUCGCCCUCCACCGUCGUCGCCUCAAAGACGCCGCAGAUUGACUUUAGUGAUAUUGGCACGCUUACCGAGGAGGAGAUAGCUGGCAUUAAGGAGAAGGUCAUCUCAGCGCGCCGCAAGGUGCACAAGUCAACUGUGGCUGCGGUGACGGCACGCUGGUCUUUCGAAGAGGGCAUCAAGCGUCCUUAUUUCCAUGUGAAACCUUUGGAGCGUGCUCAGCUCAAGAACUGGAAGGAUUAUCUGGACUUUGAGAUUGAAAAGGGUGAUCGUGAACGAAUCCUGGUGCUCUUUGAACGUUGUCUAAUCGCCUGCGCCUUGUACGACGACUUUUGGCUUAAGAUGCUACGCUAUCUGGAAUCGUUGGGUGAGGAAUCUCCAGAUGUUUUGGAUAUAACUCGCGAUGUCUAUCGUCGUGCCUGUCGCAUUCAUCAUGCGGAUAAGCCCAGCUUACACUUGAUGUGGGCUGCUUUCGAGGAACUGCAGAUGAACUUUGAUGGCGCCGCUGAAGUCCUGGAGCGCAUUGAACAACGCUGUCCCAAUCUAUUACAAAUUGCCUAUCGUCGCAUCAACGUUGAACGUCGUCGUGGCGCCCUGGACAAGUGCCGUGAGCUCUACAAGCAUUAUAUUGAGAACAGCAAGAACAAAGCCAUCGCUGGCAGUUUGUCCAUCAAGUACGCUCGAUUUCUUAACAAGAUCUGUAAUAAUCUCGAUGCUGGCCUGAUGGCGUUACAACAGGCGCUAGAACGUGAUCCGGCCAACACACGUGUUGCACUCCAAAUGAUUGAUCUGUGCUUGCAACGACCGCAAGUUGUGGAGCUCGAGGUUGUCCAGAUUAUGGACAAGUUCAUGGCACGCGCUGACAUCGAACCAGAUCAGAAAGUGUUGUUUGCCCAGCGGAAAGUCGAGUUUCUCGAGGACUUUGGCAGCACGGCCAGAGGAUUGCAGGAUGCACAGCGUGCGCUCCAACAGGCACUCAGCAAGGCCAACGAAGCGCAAAAGAAAGGCAGUGACGGCAGUCCCUCUCGCAAGGCAUCGACCAACAGCAAGGAUGGAGCCGCUCUCCCCAGUGGCUCGGCAGCACCAGCAGCUGGCUACAACAAUGGCAAUGCGGCAGCCGCUAAUGCAAACUACAACUACAACUCGGCUAACUCAGGGGCAUAUUAUGGUCAACCAAGUGGAGGAGCCGCCUAUCCGCCACAGCAGCAGCAACAACAACAGCAGCAGCAAUCCUAUGACUCUUACUAUAAUCAGUGGGGUGGUUAUGGCUCUGGUGGCGCCAGCACUGGCACCAAUUACAAUUAUGGCCAAUGGAGCGGUUAUGGUAACUACUAUUAGACAGUUGGGGCAAGCAAACCCUAGAUUUUCGCCUUUGUCAACCCCAGCACCGUUAAAUUAGUGAAUAACAUAAAGAUAUUUGUAAUUUUAUAUUGAAUUCUUAUUAUAAAUAAUUUAAAAAAAAAAAAGAAAUAUGUAGCAUAUACGUAUGUGAAUAUAAAGUGCAACAGCCACGCCCACACGCAACCUCAAUGUAGACGGCAGGCAGCCGCAAAGCCACAAAUACAAAUUAUAUACAAUAAAGGAUAUUAAUU